CAGGAACCCAUUAACUGAUCCGCCAUGCCUGUCGCCUCAUUCGAAGUCUUAGAAGAGCCAAGAGCGAAGCAAAAGCUCCUUCAAGUUCAAGCUCUCUGAUUCAACUUCCUUUUGCAAACUUAACGAGCAUGGAGACUAGCAUCACGUGCUGCGCACGGGGCGCUUUCCUUCCUACUGUUUCUUCCCAACAUUCCACUGCAGCUGCUCUAGUUUCUCGAUCCUUCAGUUACUCAAAGGGUUUGAGAUUAAGCUCGUUUUAUGGGGAGUCAUUGAGAAUCAUGCCCAAGGCAUCAUUGAAGUCGUCAAAGACAAGGAAUUCUUCUCUUAUAACCAGAUGUGAGAUUGGGGAUAGCCUUGAAGAGUUUCUAGCAAAAGCGACGCCGGAUAAGGGACUGAUUGCACUGAUGAUGUCCAUGGGCGAAGCUCUUAGAACCAUUGCCUUCAAAGUGAGAACUGCUUCUUGUGGAGGAACAGCCUGUGUCAACUCUUUCGGAGAUGAGCAGCUUGCAGUUGAUUUGCUUGCCAACAAGCUCCUAUUCGAGGCGUUGACGUACUCCCAUGUUUGUAAAUAUGCUUGCUCUGAGGAAGUCCCUGAACUCCAAGACAUGGGAGGUCCAGCUCAAGGUGGAUUCAGUGUUGCUUUUGAUCCCUUGGAUGGCUCUAGCAUCGUGGACACGAAUUUCACAGUCGGUACCAUCUUUGGGGUGUGGCCUGGAGAUAAAUUAACAGGUGUAACAGGUAGAGAUCAAGUUGCUGCAGCCAUGGGGAUUUUUGGACCUCGAACUACUUAUGUUCUCGCUCUUAAGGACAUCCCGGGCACCCAUGAAUUCCUCCUCCUUGAUGAAGGAAAAUGGCUGCAUGUCAAAGACACAACAGAGAUUGGCGAGGGAAAGAUGUUCUCUCCAGGAAAUUUGAGAGCCACAUUCGACAACCCUGACUAUGAUAAGCUAAUCAACUUCUACGUAAGAGAGAAAUACACAUUGCGGUACACUGGAGGAAUGGUGCCGGAUGUAAAUCAGAUCAUUGUGAAAGAGAAAGGCAUAUUCACAAAUGUGACAUCCCCAUCUGCCAAAGCCAAGCUCAGGCUGCUCUUUGAGGUGGCUCCUUUGGGAUUCUUGAUUGAGAAAGCUGGGGGAUACAGCAGCGAUGGGAAACAAUCCGUGCUGGACAAGGUGAUUGAAAAUAUUGAUGAAAGGACUCAAGUAGCCUAUGGGUCCAAGAAUGAGAUUAUCCGAUUUGAAGAAACACUAUAUGGCUCCUCCAGGCUGAAGGCUGGCAUGCCGGUUGGAGCUGCUGCUUAAAGCUAAGCUGCCUCGGUUACAUGUCUUCUCUUUCUUCAACAAACGAAAUUAAGGUGGUUCCAUUAGGAAUUUGUAUGAUAGUUUCAAGGUGUAUUUGGAUUAUCAACAAUUCACAAGAUUCAAUUAAGCAAACAAGUUUUACUUGAUUGGCAUUUC